UUAUCACAAGAUAACACUUUAUCAUUUCGCGGGCGCUAUUUGGUCACAAUUACCUCGUUAAUUAAUGUAUUUAAUCCUCAUUAGUUCUAAAAAUGUAAAAACCAAUCCUUUAUUACGCGAAAACCUAAAAGUGAACGUCUAAUAAAUGUUUAUUAUGAAAAAACUGAUUUUUUUAACAUAUUUCUUUCGCUUGUGUUUGUGUGAGCCAGUGAACUAUUUGGAUGGCGCUAAACCGCUUGUAGAGAUGAAGGAGGCACCAGUAGCUUUUAAUAAUGAUAGAAACAAUGAAAUACUGAACCCUACUUUGUUCAUAACGGUCAAAUCGUACUACUGCCGCGCUCGAACUUAUGAACAUGAAGAACUCCUUUUAUUCGGCACAAAGUCUUGGACGUUUCCACCUCAAAGCGUGAACCUCACCUUACGGUAUCCGUCAGAAAAUCAUCAAUAUGCAGACGAGGUAGAUUAUGUGCUGACAGGACUCAGAGUCGUGCUACAUCUCUCGGGGCAGGAUGCAAAAGGCUUCAUCACCAGUGGGGGAAUGUACCAGGACCACAUAAGCAUGACGUUCUUGUUCCGGAACCUCACCAGCCUGCGGUACCAGCUCUACUUGCACGGGAUGCCCAGAAACAUGCUCAACCGCGUCACCGAGAACUACACCGCUGAGCUCGAUAUGUGCUAAUA